AUGGGUUCAGCGGGAGAGAAGGCACAUCUGCCGAAGGACUUCCUUUGGGGCUUUGCCACGGCGAGCUACCAGAUUGAAGGCGCCAUCAAAGAGGACGGCCGUGGUGAAUCCAUCUGGGACACAUUCUGCCGGAUACCAGGCAAAAUCGCAGACGGCAGCAGCGGAGAGACCGCCUGCGACUCUUACCACCGCUACAAGGAAGAUGUCGCUCUUCUCAAGCAAGUAGGUGCCAUGGCUUACCGGUUCAGCAUUUCUUGGUCAAGGGUGAUUCCGCUUGGCGGCCGUGAGGACCCCAUCAACGAGAAAGGCAUCCAGUAUUACGAGAACUUGGUCGAUGAGCUGCUCGCUAAUGACAUCGAGCCCAUGAUUACGCUCUUCCACUGGGACCUGCCACAGGCUCUCCACGACCGGUAUGGUGGAUUCCUAAACCAGGAAGAGUAUGUAAAGGACUACUGCCACUUCUCCAGAGUGAUGUUCAAGGCUCUUGGCUCCAAGGUGAAAAAGUGGAUUACUUACAACGAACCAUGGUGUUCAUCUAUCCUUGGGUACAAUGUAGGCCAGUUCGCUCCUGGACACACCUCGGACAGGAAGAAGAAUCCUAUCGGUGACGGAUCAAGGGAGCCAUGGAAGGUCGGCCACAGCAUCUUGAUCUCUCACGGAGCAGCUGUGAAGAUCUACAGAGAAGAGUUCAAGCCCUCGCAAGGCGGCACCAUAGGUAUCACUCUCAACGGCGACUGGGUAGAGCCAUGGGACGAGACCGACCAGAAGGACAUUGAAGCCUGCGAGCGAAAACUCGAAUUCUCCAUCUCCUGGUUCGCCGACCCCAUCUACAAAGGCCACUACCCCGAGAGUAUGCGCAAGCAACUCGGCGACCGCCUCCCAACCUUCACCUCCGACGAGAUCGCCCUCGUCCAAGGCUCCAACGACUUCUACGGCAUGAACCACUACACAGCCGACUACAUCAAGCACCUGGAUUCCGAGCCAGAACCGGACAACUUCAACGGCAACCUCGAAACGCACAAGACCAACAAGUCCGGCCACGCCAUCGGGCCUGAAACGCAGUCGCCGUGGCUGUGCCCGAACCCGCCCGGUUUCAGAAAACUGAUCAAGUGGAUCAGCGACCGGUAUGGCCGCCCGACCAUCUACGUGACGGAGAACGGCACGAGCCUCAAGGGCGAGAAUGACAAGACCAAGGACGAGAUUCUGGAAGACGACUUUAGGGUCGAGUAUUUCCAGGGAUACAUCACGGCGAUGGCGGAGGCGUUUACGUUUGACAAUGUGGAUGUGAGGGGGUACAUGGCGUGGAGUUUGAUGGACAAUUUCGAAUGGGCUGAGGGAUAUGAGACGCGGUUUGGUGUCACGUUCGUCGAUUACGAGGGUGGGCAGAAACGAUACCCAAAGAAGAGUGCAAAGGAGAUUGGCAACAUCUUCAGGAACCUCAUCGAGUCAUAG